AUGCAUGGGCUGUGCAAGGAGGGGGAGAACUGUCGCUACUCCCACGACCUCUCGGGCCGGCAGCUGGCCAGGGAGGGCCGCGGCUCGCCGCCUCGGGCCUCUCCCGACAGAGGCCCCAGCACGGCUGCGCACAACGAGCCCCUGCCUCAGCAAGCGGCGGAAGCCCCCCCUGCUGCGUCCUCAUGCUCCUUGCCUCUGAUUGGCUCGGCUGCUGAAAGGGGUUUCUUUGAAGCCGAGACAGACAAUGCCGGCCUUGAGGCUGCUGGAGGAGCAGGUGCAGAAGGCUGGGAGGGUGCCAUUGAGUUUGUUCCCGGGCAACCCUACCGGGGCCGCAAGGCCCCUUAUAUUCCCGAAGCUCCUGUCCAGAGCUGGUUGACUGAGCGGGAGCAGGUUGCUGUGGGCAUGGGGGAGCAGCUUUGCCGCGAUGCUGCCAUGGGGCAAUGCUUUCGUGGGGAGAGCUGUGUGUAUCUCCACGGAGAGAUAUGCGAUAUGUGCGGGCUUCAGGUCUUGCACCCCGUGAAUGCUGUCCAAAGGGCAGAGCAUAUAAAGGCCUGCAUUGAAGUACACGAGAAGGAUAUGGAACUCUCUUUUGCUGUGCAGCGUAGUAUCGACAAAGUGUGUGGCAUCUGCAUGGAGGUUAUCUUUGAGAGGGCUAAAUCCGCUGACUGCCGCUUUGGCAUCCUCUCCAACUGCAACCACACCUUCUGUCUUAAGUGUAUCCGCAGGUGGAGGACUGCCAAACAGUUUGAGAACAGGAUCAUCAAGUCCUGCCCUCAGUGCAGGGUCACCUCCAAUUUUGUCAUUCCCAGUGAGUUCUGGGUGGAGGAGGAGGAUGAAAAGCAGAAACUUAUUCAGCAGUACAAGGAGGCUAUGAGAAACAAGACCUGCAGGUAUUUUUCUGUAGGCAGGCGUUGCUGCCCAUUUGGAGAGAAGUGUUUUUACAAGCAUGCAGAGCCUGAGGGCCAGGGAGAGGAGCCUCAUGCAGAGCCUGAGGGCCAGGAGCCUCCUCAUGCUCCUGAGGAGCCUCAGAGGCAGAGUGCUGGGGCAGCCAACACUCAAAGCAGCCAACGUUUGGAGCCUGUGCAGGUGGGAGAGGGCAACAUGCCCUUUAAGAGCAGUAAAAAAGAGCUUGUCAUGCUUCUGCUGGCCAGUCUGUUGUUCCACUGUUUUCUUUCACUGGGAGGUAAUGAGCUCUGCUUCUCAGAAUCAAUAGGACUUGCUUCAUAAUGAGCGGGAGGAAUCUUUCCAUUUGGUCUGUAGCAUUGCUGUGGCAUGUGGUCUGGUGUGCUGUGUGCUGAGGCUGUGUCAUCUGCUAGCGCCUGUUUUCUCUUCAUAGACACAUCCAUCACUUACAGGGGCUGUUGGAACCAUUCCAUCUCUGUUUUCUUGCCCGUGCCCAUUUCUUUCCUCCUAGGAUCAUGGUGUUUCACUGUGUUCACAAAAAGUCCUUAAAGUUAUUGUUUGGUGAAAUGAAUAUUGCUGUCAGUUUAUGGUUUAUUUUGUCGUCUCUGUUUUCAACAGGAUUGAUUCAGUUCUAGUCUAAUGUUUACAGAAUUUCCACUCAUUUUGAAGUCCCUCAAGAAUAAAUGUGACAGGGUGAAGGGAGAAGUCUUACUGAACAAGGAGUUUUUUGCUACUACAGCCUUAAGAAAUGGACCCUCUGGGGGGCUUUUGUGGCACAGCUGCUCAUCUCUGUUGUUUACAUGUCUGUUCUUCCCCUCAUGCCCUUUGCAAGUGCACUUUUUAACUUGUUACCUUGUGGUUUCUGUUUUACUUGACCAGAACCAGGUGUGUAUGUUUACAUGUUUUUAUCCUGUUUACCUUGAUGUGAAAGUAUUUAUAUUGGAAAUAUAUAUUGAAGGAUUAUAGAUAUAUAGAUAUAUACGUAUGCAUGUGUAUAAUAGUUAUGCAUUUGAAGAGAGAAAGAUAAACACCAUAAUAUUUGUUAUGUGAUAAAAUAAAUACAGACUUGGAAGCUGAAGGUUAAAGACUAAUAGGAUUUGCUGUUGUGUAUGUGUCUUUCUGUUCUUUAAUAGACUUCAGUAAUUAACAUCUAAUGAAAAUAAUGAUUCAAGUGACUUUGGACAAAGGUGGCAGGCGCAGAUCUUAAAGAACUUCCAAAAUUCGAUGUUGGUAACUCCAUUGAUGUCAUCCAUGGCUUACUUCACUAUUAUAAAUACAGAAAUGUGUAUUUCCCUGCAGUUUCACACCAUCUCGUUGCUCCUUGUAACGCACAAUGAUGAACCCAGAUACAGAGUUCUUUGUAUUCAAUAUUUUGUGUUAAUUCCAAACAAGAGGCUUUAGGCAAAAGUCUGUAGCAAGUAGCAGGAAUAUAAAAAGGAAAAUAGAAUAAUAAAAAUGUUGAAACCAAUCAGAAUACAAGAAUAGAAAGAUAAAUGGAAUACAAAAAGGAAUAAAACCUAAAAUCACUAGUAUUACAGGAAGUUCAUAACACAAGUAUACCAUAGGGUAAAUGAAAAUAGUUUUAAAAAGACUUGAUUAAAAUUAAACUUAUGCUAUAUGUUGUUUAAAUACUCACCUAUUUUGUUAGAAUACAUAAACAUUAAAAGUAAUUGGAUGGAAAAUUUAAACUGAUGUGCUAUGACUUUCUUGCUGAAGAGGAAUUAAGGAUGAUAUAUAAACAUCAAAUUGUAACAUACCAGAAAGGCAAAUUCUUCAAUUUUGUACUAAUUUAGUAAUGUAACACCUAUGCAAAUAAAUAACUGAUAAAAAUAGAAAAAUCAAAAUCUCAGUGGACAAUUUUAAUUAUAUCUUUUCAGUAACUGAAGAAGUAAAAGAAAAAAAAAAGCAUGUGAGAGUUGAAUAGCACAAUUUUAACAUUUACUUAAUUCGCCUGUGUCCCAUGCUGUGUGCAUCUACUGCAAAAGCCCUCUUUGGCUAAAAUAGCUGAAAAAAUACGGGGUGGUAAGUCCCAAGACCACCCUGACUGUACAGCAAAGACAGGGCCCAUUUACUUAGCUCACAUCAUAUACUGAGCUCUCUUCAAAGUGCUAAUAUAACUCCCAGAACCCACUAUAUGAGUCUCUGGUUUCUCUUUUGCAAUUUCAAUUACCAUUGGGGUCAACCACGAUCCAAAAGUAUUUAAUACAGUAAGAUACUUUGAGAGAGAGGGAGAAAGCACAUUUGCACUACUUUUAAUACCAUAUGCUCUUACAUUGUUCUAUUUUAUUAUUAGUUACUGUUGUCGAUCUCUCACUGGGCUUAAUUUAUAAAUUAAACUUUACUAUAGGUAUGUAUAGCAGAAUGCAUAGUAUUUAGUCCAGUGCUAUCCAGGGCAUCCACUGGAGGUCCUAGAACAUAUCCCACAGAAAAGGGGAGACUACUGUAUUUGCUGUAAUUUUCUCAUCAUCCUGAUGAGGCCUAUAAGGUAGAGAGAUUCACUUACUUGCACAUUAUAAACAUAAGCCAUAGUUACAAAUUAGUGGAAUAGCAAAUGGAACUCAGGUAGUCUAUUUUCAGAGAGCUUGCACUUAUUUGCUGCCCUAGUUUACAUAUAUGACAAGGGUGAGGUAGACCAAUUGGAUAUAGCUACUGGACACAUGUACAAUCAUUUAGUAUGGAUGUUCCAGCCAGGAAGUGCAGAGAUGGGUAUAAAUAAGCUCCUACAGUAUGUGGGAAUGGCAGCUUCUUAUCUGUGGGCUGCUGGAUGAAUUAUAUUUUAGUCUACUGCUUAAAAUGUCCCUCAGAUCCCCAUAUUUUUAUACUGCUGUUCCCUACAUAGGUGAUUCCCAUUGUCUGGGUAAGCACACCAGACUUUUCCAUUGGUUUUUUUGCCAUAUUCCUUUCUUAUUUUUUUUUAAUUUUUUGAAGAUUUAUUUAUUUAUACAAGAACUGGGGUACAGGCCAGAUUCGCGGGAGGGUAAGAGAAUUCACCAGAGACAGAGUAGGGAACAGAACAGGCAGACUGCCGAAAUACACUGCUGACAGGAGAGGUCUGCCGCAACAUGUGGGACCCUAGCCGGCCGGGAUCGAACCGGUGCUGCAGAGGCUGCAGAAAGCCUCACAGCGCUACGCUUAACUGCCUGCACCACCAGGGGAGGCCCUAUUCCUUUCUUCUUGAUUCCUCUUAUCCAAAAAACUCACCAUUCAGCAGAUCCUGGAUCUCUGCCUAUUUCUGGCAGGGUGAGUGAUUACAAGUGAAAUGCAAACAUGUCACCUUCCUUGAGGCCACUUUGGACAUGCAGGGGAAAGUGGACUUAAAUGACCUAACCAGAGAACAAGACAAAUUGUGGCACUCUCAAAGACUUUGUUGACUGCAGAGACAAAAUCAAGCUCUGAGGUAUGGAUCACCUGUGCAGGAGGGGUUUCCAAGCCAUGCCUGAAAAGCUUUGAAAACUCUCCUAGUUUACAUUUUCCAGCUUUGUGAGAUAUUACGUCUUUUAUUGAUCCAGACAACAACAAAAUCCUACAUAAUCAGAAGUGAUAGUGGGACAAGGUUUGGUAGAAGACAAACGGUUUGUGGAACAAAGAAUAAUUAGAAUCAUGAUUCUGCUUCUUACCAGGCAUAGACUCUGGAGCAAGUUACUUAAAUUUUCUGUCCCUCAGUUUCUUCAUAUGAGAAAUGGGUACAAUAGCACAUAGGAUUGUUGUGAGGAUCAAAUACAAUCAGGACAAUGAACUUGAAACAUAGGUAGUAUUUUUAAGGUGGCAUGUACAAAGGUCAGAUUUGUACAUUUGUGGACACGAGACAAACUUGUACAAGAGUAAAAUUCUACCAAAUUUUUCUCUUUGGGAAUCUUGGGGUUGUGAAGAUGACAUUAUUGUUUUGUGAUUAUUUUCAUAGGGCAUAUUACCUUUCUGUUCAUAAUUUCCAAAUGGCCAAGUGUUUUUUCCCACAAAAUCAUUCACUAAAACUAAAAAUAUACUAUUGAAUUCCUGAAAAUAUAGUAAACAAGAAAACUUAUGAUUUUUCUUUACUUGUGACAGAUGCCAAAAUGAGGGAUAAGAUGAUUUCUUUUUAAUUAGGAUUCCCUGUUCCCUCAUCAGUUCAUCAAGAAAGAGGUCAACUAACUCUUCCCUGUCCACCUCACUGAAUAGUUUUCCAAAGGAUCUGUUAUUGAAGGCAGUUGGGCCACCCCUGCCUGUCCUCACCACACAGAGAUUUGCUCUCUAAGUGACUGGGAGUGUGACCUGGCCCUCUCCUCCAUCAAGAUUCAUGGACUCAGCCCCAGGGUCCACACAUAUCAUUCUAACCUUAGAAAAAUGCCUAAGUGAGGCAAGUCUACAUGCCUGUGCUCCAUGUGUCUAAAGUUGGUGGAUGUAUACAAACUUGCUGAUAUGCUAAAAGUUGAACAGUACUCCUUCCCCUAAAGAAAUGGAAACUCUGUUCUAUUUGUAUGUUACCAAACCUGUUCCUAUAGCCCACAAAAUGCCUAUAUGUUUUCUGGUUCACACUUUUGUAAAUAUCUCAAGGGUGUGAUUUCUGUUUUCACAGCAGAUGCUAAACUACAGCCCCUAUGCUGAAUGGAGUUGGAGUAGAGAUAGAAAAAAGGGUUCUUUCGAAAAUAAUACAGCACUAGUACCGUUAGCACAAAUAGAAAGAUUAAUUUUUUCAAUGAAGACACAGCAUUUUUUGAAUUUUUUUUGUAUAUCACAAUUUCUGGUGUUGAUGAAACAGUAACCAAAAUAAUGGACUGUAUUAGAUCAUAAUGAAACUCAAUUAAAUUGAGAUAUUAAUAGCACAGGGACUAUUCUCUGAUGUGAAUACAAGAAAGUCAUUACCACAUGAAAACUCUUUUAAAUAUCUCUUGAUAUUUAAAAGGAAUUUGUGAAUUCAAAAUCAUUUAGCAGGCUAGAAUAACAAAAAUUAUACAUACCCUAAUCGAGAGGAUAGUAAUGAAUUUGUGCUCAGGGUAAAACUCCUAAUUUUAAGUAACAUACACUGUAAUAUACACAUUACAUAAUUAAAGGUAUCCAAGUCUGUAAAUUUUGAUAAAAAUAUAAUAGGUUGACAGAAUGAAUUCAGGAUUAAAGCAAAACUUAGCAGAUCAGAAAAUAGAAAUAUAAAGGCUGCUGCUUUGAAAAAACUCGACAGAUAAACCAUUAACUAACUUAAUCAAAAAUAAGGGAGAAAAUACAAUUAAAAUAAGAAACAAUAAAUAAAAAGUAAUCAAAGACAAGGCAUUAAAGAAAUGGGAGGUGAAUCCUUGUUAUACUGAAGCAAAUGCACUUGAAAAUAUAAAAGAAAAUAAAAAUCUUCAACAUAAGUAUAAUUUUUCAAACAUUAAUGCAGUAUACAAAGUAAAUCAGAUCAAUUACUAAUGAAACAUAUAAAAUUUCCAGAAAAGUACUUUCUCACCUGCCCAUCAAAAAAGAAAACAGCAUAACAGAGGCAUUUGCUCCAGAAAUUUACUAAAAUCUUUAAAUACAUUUUUUAAGCCUUUCCAGAGAACAGCAGAAGGGACAGAUAUAUAAUUUGCAAAUGACACGUAACAUUUAUAUCAAAAUUUUACCAAUGCAUGAACAAUUAAGGAUGACUAGAGAUCAAUCUCACUUUGGAGAUUGAUGCCAAAAAUUUAAAAUAAAUGUUUUUUUUAAUAUUUAUUUAUUGCAUAAAAGAACUUUGGUGUAGGCCAGAGGUGCGGGGGUGAGAGGAUUCACCAAAGAAUGGAGAGCAGAACAGGUGUAUCUACUGAAAUAUGCUGCUGAGGGGAGCAGCGGGUGUGACAGGAGAGGUCUACUGCACCAUAUGUGGGUCAGCUCCCUGGCCGGGGGUGGAACUCAGGCUGUAGUGGUGAUAGGGCUGAGACUUAACCCCUAGGCCACCAGGGAGCCCCACUAAAAUGAAUGUUAACAAACAAAUAAUACAGAAGAAUAAGACCUCAGCAGGAGUAGGUUAUAUUCCUGGAAAAAGAUGGCACAAUAGAAGAAAUUACUUUAUCUUAAUAGAUUAAGUAAUCAUGUAAACCUCUUCAUAUAUUUGAAAGAAGAAAACUAAAUUCAUGAUCACAAUGAUAAUAAUACUUAUUUACAGGGUAUACAUGUAUAUAUGCAUAUAUAGUUUAUGGGUCCUUAAUUUUUUAAAUGCACACAAAAAUGUAACUAAAGAAAGUGAGAUAAAAGCUGAAAUUAAAUAGUAGAGCUAAUUAAAAUGUUCAAUAUAAAAACUUACUGUAUUUUCUGAAAACAGUUCAUAAGAUAGGUAAAUAAACUAUUAUCUAACUGAGGAAAUGAGAGAGGGAAAAGUGUAUAUACACACCCACCCUCAGUAGGAGGAUUUACAAAUAGAGACUACUGAAUCAUAUAGAAAGCCUGAAAGAAGUGGAUAUAUUGCGGGUAUAUAGAAUUAGUCAAAUAUUGGCUACAAAAUACAUUAAAAUACAACCUACCAUUUAACAUUGACAACAUGAAUUAUUGCAGUUGUAAAUUUUUGGAAGGUGAGAACUUUUAAAAUUUAUUCUCAAUACCUUUCAAUAUAUAUUGCUAACUACAGUGAUCUUGCUGUCCAUGACAUCCCCAGAAUUUAUCUUCUAACAGGGAGUUUAUGCCUUUUGACCACCUUGACUCAUUUCUCCUACUUCCCAGUGGACAUCUCAAAGCUGUUCUCUAUUACCAUUAGUUAAUUUUUUUAAUUCCACAUACAAAUGAGAUCAUACAACUAUAAAGUAUUUGUCUUUCUCUAACUUUGUUCGCUUAGCAUAAUGCCUUCAAAGUCUAUCUGUGUUGUCACAGUGGCAUGAUUUCCUUUUUUAUGGCUGAGUAAUGUUCCACUGUCUAACAUGUAUGUACUGAAAUAUUACCAAGGUAGUCACAUAUGCAGAUGAUUUAAAUUUAAGAAUAGUGAUGUAUAAAUGUAAAAAAUACUAGUAAAUAUCAAAGUAAAAGUAUUUGAAGCAUGUGGAAAAUUAAAAGACCUGUUUUAUGGAGAUAAUUUAAAAUGCAUUGGAAUGAAUUUAAAUCUGAAAAAAAGCUAAUAAAAAGAAACAUUUACAAUUCAAGUGCUUUGAAGAAACAGAAUUUGGUAGGGAAUCUCAACAUUUAGGUACUUGACAAAGUUCUAUUAAAGUACUACUGUGAUGUGCUUGGGACCUGUCACCCUUUUUUAUUUCUACCCUUUGGAAUGGGAAUGUCUCUCCUAUGCCUGUUGCACUAUUGUAUUUUUGGCACACAUAAAUUAAUUGUUUUUAUAGGUCCACAAAUGGAGAGUAAUUUUGCCUAAGAAUGAAUAAUACCUUGAUUUUUAUUCAUUUCUGAUUUAGAUGAUAUUCAGAUGAGACUUUGGACUUUAGACAAUCAAGUUGAUGGAAUGAGUUAAGAUUUUGGGGGCUUUUGGAUAGAAUUAAUAUAUUCUGCAUGUGAGAAUUUUGGGGGCCAGCAGUAGAAUGCUGUCUGCUAAAUAUACCCUCCAAAAUUCAUAUGUUGAAACCCUAGUCCCAAAUGUGAUGGUAUGAGGAGGUGGGGCUUUGUUAGGAAUUUGGUCACGAAGGUGGCGCUGUCAUUGAGAUUAGUGCCUUUAUAAGAAGAGACACAAGAGAAAGUAUUUUUCUCCGCAAUAUGAGAACACAGCUAGAAGGUGCCCAUCUGCAAACCAGGAGGAGAACAUUCAGCAAAUCCACCACCAUGCUGGCAUCCCGAUCAUGGACUUCCAGCCUCCAGAACUGUGAGCUAUAACUGUUGUUUAAGCCACCCUGUACUGUUAUGCAGCCUGAGCAGACUAAAACAAGUAUAAAUAAACCCUGAAGUAAGUAAAUGAAACUGUGCAAGUUCAUAUGAAGGGAAAAAAAUGCCAGUAGAACCUGAACAUUUUAGAAUUGAAAAAAUAACUAUUCACUGACCCCUACCAGAUCCUGAUACAUAGUAAGUACCACAUCAGCAGUAGGAAGAGUGAGGUACUAGCACUUGAACUGAUCAAAAAUAUGUGUUUAAAAAGACCACAGAUACAAAUAGAAGUUGAAUUUAUGAUAAAGAGUGUAACAAAAAUAACAAGUUUGUUCAGUAAAAGUUGGCAAACUCAGAGCCAUCUUGAAAACUAGUGCAUGGGUCCAUUUUUAUGUUUUAUACAAGUAUAAAUUUCAAAUGUAAUUAUGAAGCCAAAAUGUACAGAAACAAUAUUGGCUGGUAUGUUUUUCUUUUGAAGUCUGUAGUCAAAUGUCUUUCUGUGACUUGAGAUUAACUGUCAACUGUAUCAAGUUUAUUAUGUGCCGGGUUGUGUCCUCAGAUUCAUUACCUCAUUUAACCCUUCUCACCAUCACAAGGUGAGUAAUGGUAGUAUUUUUUUAGCUAAAGUUCGUUUACAACACUGUAUUUUAGAAGUACAGGUUUCUACCUCUUCCUUAGAAAAUAAGGCACUUUUAUAUAUUGCUUGUAAGAGUGUAAUUGGUACAUUCUCCAUAGAGGAAAAUUUGAUAGUGCCAAUUAAAUCAUAAACUCACAGAUGUAUAUUCCUUGACCAACCAUUAUUUAUGUAAAUGUGACUUAUAGGCAUAUUCUACACAAAUGGAAUUAUUCAAGUACAGAACUGUAAAUUGCAACCUUUGUUACAGCAGUAAAAGACUGGAAAUAACUAGAAAAUCCAACAGUAAGUGACUGAUUUAAAAAAUGGCAUAGAUGUACAGAGAGGUAUUAUAAAGUCAUCUAAACUUGUAUUAUUUUAAUUGAUUCAUAAUGCUGUAUAUAAUUUAGAGCUAUAGAUUCACACCUCUUCAGAUGAAUGUACUAUACCCAUCACCAGUGCACCCAUAGUUCUCCAACAUAAUCCAUUAGGCCUCCUCCCGCUUUUUGUAUCCACCCCCAUUCUGGCAGCCUCAAUUCUACAGUCAGAUUUCUAGGGUUAGUUUUGGUUCAGUAUUGUCUAUUCCUUUUAAAAAGUAUACACAAAACACAAAAAAGCAUGGGGUAAUCUGUGUGGGCUGAGCUGGAGACAUAGUGAUAAGUAGGAAUUAAAUGGGAAGUGUAUAGAAUUAUAUCACUUGUAUAUAAAAGCAGUAAUAGUUACAUAUAGUAUUUUGUAUAUAUAUAUAUAUAUUUGUUGUCUUACAUGUGCAUGCAAGUCAGCUGGCAAAUCAUUUAUAGGUGAAAGAAUUUGUGUAAAAUAUAUAUGUGAAUGUAUAGAUAUAUAUACACAUAUACACAUGUGUUUAUAUAUUAUAUGUAAGUAAAUAUACAGGAUAAUAUGUAUAGAUAUAUAUGUAAAAUAUAAUAAAUGCAGAGCUGAAAACAAUGUCAGUGCUUAAUACAUUUGAUUUGUUCAUGAGUGUGAGUUGUAUCAAGGAGAGAUGUAGAUGUGAUUGAUUAGACUCCAGUAAUUCAAAUUAAGUGGUUUCAGCCUAAUACAGCACAUUGUCAUCGUAAGGACGGAGGAAAAGCUCUCCACAUGUCAUUGGUAUGGCAACAGAGCUCCUUCUAAUCACUAUGGCAACACAGUUCACUCUCAAUGUGCCCAAAGCUAUAGAUGUAGGUUCACUGAUAAGAUUCAGUAAUGCCUGCUUUUGGCAUGUAAUCUUUCAGUCUGUGGCUCUGAUGCACAGAUCUUUAUAAUCAAUGUUUUGUAUUCUCCUGAGUCCCUCUAAACAAGGUGGUUGUUUUUAAAAUAAUUUGAAAUAAUAACUAAAAGGAGUGGAGGAAGAAUAAAAUGAUUAGAAAGUGGGCAUUUAACAAGCAAGCAAAAGAAAAUAAUUGGAAAUUAAGUAUAGCUAAUUAAUUUUAGAUUUAUUUGUAUCAGGCAUCUAUUCUUAAGGCAAAGGUGAUAUUAGAAAAUGUGGGGAAAUUUCAAUGUGUCAGGAAGUUGAAAGCAUUUUAAAUCUGUAUUCAUGUAAUUAUGCAGUCUCAGAAAAUACAAAGACAAAACAAUAGAACUAGUAAGGGAAAUCCAAGAAACCAUAACUGUAGAUAUUUUAAUCACACCUCAUACAGUUAUUUUAUAAAAAAUAAGGGUAGGCUUGAUUUUAAUAAUGCAGCAGACACUAUUGACUUAAUUGGCAUAUUUAGACUCCUACACUCAUGAAAUGGACAAAAAAUUUCUUCCCAUGGUAUGAAUGGCAGAUAAGAAAAAAAAAGAUGACCUGCUGAAGCUCUACCCCAGAAAGCCUUUGCAUGACCUUCCUCUCUGAUAAAAAUAGAUGUCACUAAGUUUUUACCAUGUACUAAGCCAUGUGCUUUGGAGUCCAUAGGGAUGAUCUAAUUCUCAUAAUGGCACUCAGAGUAGUGUUGUAUUAUUCUUCUAGUAUUCCUAUUAUUCUUCACAGAUCAGAUAAUGAGGCAGGGAAAAGUCAGGUAAUUUGCUCACAGUCAGGCCUACAUCCAGAAAGUUGUGGAGCCAGGAUUUAAAUCUGGUUUGUUUGAUUCUGAAACGCUUGAUUUGAUUGCACCCUCCCUUUCUGCCUACCCUUUUUAUCUAGGAGUUGGGGGGGGGAGGGUAGUGUUUCCUACAAAAAGCUGCUUGGAGAAAAGUACAUAUUCUUACAUUGUAGAUGGACCAGCCAUGAAUAAAGACUGGGGGAUCCUCUCAAUCUUAAAUAUCCUUAAUCUGACACUGAACAAGGGACCAGUUGUUCCACUACUGGAGCCUAGCUCCUUUGAUUUGCACACCAGCAUUGCUUCUUUGUUUCCUGGGAUAAUGGCUUCUUAACUGGUAUUUCUUACUUCUUCCAACAUCAUCUCUAAUAUAGUUAACAAGGGAUGAAGGCUGAUAAUUUGGGUCUCAGGGACCAAGAGAAGUAUAAAUGUGCAAGAAUUUUAUUUCAGAAAAUUUUCAUUAGAGAAAAGAGAGAGGUCCAGAAAGGCAGGUGAUAUAUCAGACCAAGUCUGACUCCAAGCAGUGGAGAGAAACAAGGUAGAAGGAAGCAUCCUGGACUUCCAUUUAGUCUAGCAGGGUCUCAGCAAAACUGACAGUUAGUACUUAAGCUUCCAGCACUGGAAUUGCUUAUCUCAGAGGUAGGCUUGUUGACAAUCAGUCAUUAGCUGAAAGUAGCCCAUGGGAAGGAUGCCUUAAUAUUAAUGUAGGAAGGGAUUUAGAGCAUAGCAUUUGAGGCCCUUGGUCAAUCAAGCUCCCUGUAGUUUAGAAAUAUCCCAGAUGCUUGACCCAUUGAAAGAGCCAGAAGGUCUUGAACAUUCCAUUUGUGCCGCUCUCCAUGGUGCUGGGUAUAGAAUGAGACCUUAACCAUGACCCUACUAUGGAGACACUCAUAUUCUUAAUAGAGCUUUCUUUUAGGACUUUGAUUAGCCAAACGACUAAUAUAAGGCCAGAUGUUUCAUUCUUUGAGACUCUAAUAAUAAAAGCAGCUGCUCAAAAAUAAGGGCAGUGUAGCAGACUAGGGCAAUUGGGACAGAUCUCCGAAAGAAGAGGAACUUGAGCUGGCUCUAGACAGUGUGUAGAUUUGCUCCUAAGUUUUAAUCCUCACAACUGGAAGUAUCAUUUUCUGCUGCUGACAUACUGUGUGUGUGUGUGUGUGUGUGCGCGUGCACGUGCCAUUUAUCCACAUUGGUACAAGAAAAAGCAGAAGUAACACUAGACUGUGCUUGGAAAUGGUGAAGUCAUUUUAGGGUUAGAGACAUGGAAAAUUGGAAGGUAACACCAUCUCUUUGUUGUACUAAUGGGCAAGUUUACUUAAAGUGUCUUAGAGCUCAGUGUACUCAUCUGAGAAAAUAGAAAUAUUUCAUUCACAGGGUUGUUGAUGUGAAAUUGACAUGAAGAGAAAUAGUAAAAUCUAGAUCAAGUAUAACGGAAGGAUUAUUGAAUGAUUUUGGGUCCUCUUAUAAGCAUGAUGCCAAUACUGAAGGAUCUAUGCUCCACCAAUAUUUUUUAAACAUUUAUUUAUGCAUACAAGAGCUGGGGUACAGGCCAGAGAUGUGGGGGGGGUGAGAGGAUUCACCAGACAGAGUGGGGAACAGAACAGGCAGAUUGACCAAAGUACACUGCUGAGGGGAGCAGUGGGCGAGAUAGGAGAGGUCUGCUGCACCAUGUGGGUUGCUCCCUGGCCAGCUGGGGAUCAAACUCGUGCUGCAGAGGCUGCAGAUUGCUUCAUAGUGUGGUGCUUAACUCCUUGCGCCACCAGGGAGGCCCUCCACCAAUAUUUUUUUAGGUGAACUUUAUGAACUUAUUGCCCCUGCAUCAAUAAUGACUUAGGCAAGAGGCAUAUUAGCCCAAUUGCCCCAAAUUUUAAAGAGACAGGAAUUUCUAUACAAUUAAUUUCAAUUAAGAACAUGAAUAUUGGAACUGUUUAUUGCAAAUCUUAUCAAAUUACUUUACAUUUUCUAAAAAAAAAUAAAAAUCUGUGUUAUUUGUGACACUUAAGUAAACAAGUCAAGACAUGACAAAAUAAUACUUUUGGAAAAAUAGACAAAUGAACAGUGUAUGAAUACACUCAUAAAAUGUUAAAGAAAAGGUAAACCUAAUUUAUUGUGAUGAGAUAGUAGUCAGAAUCUUGGUAACAGUGGGGAUAUAUUGGCAGAAGGGGGCAUGACAGAAUAUGCUUGGAUGAUGGAAAUGUUCCUACCUUGUGUGGGUGUUCGUUGCAUAGUUCUGGAAUCAAUCAUAUGCUGGAAUUGAUUCUGAUGACUCACAAGAGACAAGUGCACUUUUCUUCCCAACUCCACAUUCAAUAAGAUACUGACUUAAAUUUGGACAUAGUAAGAGUAUUUGCACCAAAAACAGUACAAAUUAGUGUUUUUUAUUCAGAGAGCAGGAUUAGCAGCACAUCACUGCACAGAUCUAUCUGUCAAGUAUCUCAUCAAAUUGAUGUAGUGUUAAAGUCUAGAUACUUUUCAUUAAUUUUAAUAAAAAUAAGGAGAAACUGUUUUCCACCUAAACCACAGUCCGUUUUGACCUUAUUAGACAUCAGAAUCCAAGUCACUGUAACAGGCAAAUCAUCUAAACCCCCAAAAGAGAGCCCUUUCACCUAUAGGUCAUUGUCGAUAAAAGUCAAAGGUGAUAAACCAUUUGGAUGUAACAAUUGAGACCAUUUACCUCGAAUGGAUUCCUCGGGUGGUGGCCCUGCUGGCUUUUUCUUUCCCCUUUUAGGCAUGGACGUACUAGCAUGAUACCACAUCACUUGCUCAAACCCAACCUCUUGGCCUUCCUGGUGGGACCUGCCAAAUGGAUUCCAGUGGUACUUUCUUCCAUCAAGAUGGAAAUGGAAAUCACUGCCCCAGACAAGUUUGUGACAAGUUUGGAUACCUGAAACAGAAAUAAACUCUCAGCUUGGAGCCACAUUCAGAGAUGCCAGCAUGGCAAGAAAUCUACAAGUCAUGGUGUUGUCUGAAGAUAAAGGAGAAUUUUCCUGGUGUUUUCCUGCUGACCCAUCCUAAACCAAGAGGCCUGUCAGACUUACUUCAAGCUUCACUCCUUGAAGUCAGAGUUUUGGCUGUUUCUUCAAAUUGACUACUUGGUGUUGGGAGAAAAUAACUUACUUUAGCACUCCAGUUCUUGACCAUGAAGAAUCACAUCAGGACUUCAAUAUCAUUCAGAAAUCCUGAACUUAGAACAGAUUCACUAUCUAGAUGAAUUUUGGGUUGUCUCUUUUAACCACAAGAGUGUGUUCAACAUGUGAAAAGAAGAGUAAAGUGAAUACUUGAUGAAUACAAAGACUAAUUUGGAAGAGAACAUGUAUCUUCAUCAAGUCUUAUUUUCCCUGGACUCACAGUUGACUUAUAUACCCGCUCACAGUUGUAGUUAAUUGAGGCCAUGUGAUUGAAUUCCAGCUAAUGGAGUGUAGGCAGAAAUAAGAACCAUCACAUCCGCCCUGUAAAAGCCUCUGCCAUGACCCUCCAUGCUGUUCUCCUUCCUCUAGCAGGGAUGGAUUCUGAGAAGCAAAAGAAGAGCUCAGUUGCCUGAGUCUUUAAAGCAGAGGUUCUCAAUUAUUUUAAUACUGAACUUUGAAUAAUCAAGAAUAAUGUGAUAUGGUAUAUGAGAUCACAUGUCAUGGCAUGACUUAACAGAAAAUAUAUGUAACAAUAUACAACUAAGCCACUGAGAUUUGGUGAUUCUUGGUCAAUGCAGAUAGUGCUCAUUUUUCUGAGUAACCGGGAAGAGGUAUGUCUCCUUGGACAUGGUAUUUGAUCUGCAGCCACCCAUAGUUUUAGAGGGAAAACUUCUAUGUAUGUAUCUGGGAACUACUCAUUCAAGCAGAGAGAACAACACAUACAAAAACCAUAGUCUGGGAGCAUGUAUUUAAGAGUCAGACAGAAACUAGUAUGAUUCAUUUCUAGUGAACGAGGAGGAAAGAUAGAGGAAAUGAAGGUUGAAAAGGUAGACAGAGGUUAGACCAUACAGGGCUGUAGAAGCAGUGGUGGAGAGUUUAAAUUUCACUCUAGUUGUGAUGGAAAAUCAUUGGGAAAUUUGAAGCAGGGAAAAGACAUGGCCUUAUUAUGACAUAGGCUUUUAAACAAUAAUCUGGGCUACUCUUUAUAAGGCUCAAGAGAGGAAUCAGAGAGAAAAGUUAGGAAAUAGUGACAAUCUUCCAGGCAAAACAAUUUUUAGUGGAAAUGGAUGUAUUUCACUGAGUCUAGUGAAUAAGUCUAGGGAAAUCUAUGGGUCACACAUUCAUUUAAUAAUUUCAUGUAAAUACAUAGUGCAAAUUAUCCAUCAACAAAAUAUAGGCGUCCUGAUUUCUUUUAAAUGUUCGGAGCGCUUGCAGGUAGACUGCAGCAAGCACUGAUUUUCAGCUUCCUGGAAUCCUUACUGUGCGUUUCAGUGACUCAAAUUCUUCCCAGUAACGGCAAAUACAAUAAGCUGUUGGUUUACCCAGUGGCCACCAGCUGGCGCCAAUAGACAGAACGAAGUCAGGGCAGUUGAACAGACCUAAUGAAUCCCACCGAAGAUCUGACAUGUAAAAAUCCUUUGUUGUCCUUUACUGGGAACAGAAAACAGUCCCCAACAACAUGAUGCACAAUUAACAGGUUCACAGCCUAAGAGGGUUUGCUGUAGAAUGCUUCAGAAAUGGAAUGAAAUAAGGUCUUCCUGAAAUGGGAGAGGGCACAUUUUAGAGUGAAGAAUAGUGAUGUGCACAGGUGAAAAAAUGCUUACUCUUACAUUUGGGCUUCAGCCAGACAGUUAUGUAGACCUCAUUUCCCUGUUUUUCGUGAGAUAAAGGGAAUGAUGAAAAAAAAACCACACAUAACUAGGGCUUGCUGAAGCCAUCCAUAAGACCUGUAAAAUCUUUUGUGAGAUGUUAUUUUGCAUACUGACUCCUUGUGCUAUUUAUUUUCUACUUGUUGAGUUGUAAAAAGAUCUUUGCAUAUUCUGGAUGCAAUUCAUUUAUCAGAUAUGUGAGGUCUGUACAUUCAUAAAGAGCAGACAGAUCAAUGGAACAGAACAGAGAACUCAGAAAUACUACCACAAAUAUAAUCAAUUGAUUUUUGACAAAGGUACAAGAGCAAUUCUAUGGAGAAAGAAUAAUCCUUUCAAAAAGAAAUAAAUGGAACUCCAUAUGCGAAAAGUGAACUUUUACACUGACCUUCCACAAAAGUUAACUCAAAAUAUACCACAAAACUAAAUAUAAAAUGCAAAAUGGUAAAACUUUUCCGUAAAAAAACACAAUUUGUGUGUCCUUGUUUAUGGCUGCUUAGAUGCAACAAAAUGCAUACUUUGUGAAAUUAAAAAUUGAGGAAUUAUAUUUUAUUAAAAUCUUUUUCUCUGUGAGUCACUGCUGAUGGAGUGAAGGCUAAUCACAGCCCCAGAGAGUACAUUUGUAUCUCAUACAUUGUCUCAAGCUGAAUCCACUCUGAACAAAGGACCUCAGAGAAGUCUCAUUGGGAGACUGAUUGGCAGUUAGCAAAGCCAAGUCAUUAGCCCUGAAAAGUGCUCCUCACUGAAGCUAGCAGCUGACUUCUGCAGCGCCACCAAACAGAACAGGUGGAAGCUGACACUGAAGGAGGCUCCCCUCAGCUUCCAUCUCUUAAACAGAAAGGGGCAGAUAGAACUUUCAGAAUCUAUAAGAAUUAGAGGAACGGCCUAGUACAUAUAGAACCCUUUUUUUUUUUUUUUUUGAUCCACAAUGGAAUCCUCUGAAAGAUCUGGAAGAAAUUGCUUACACUCAGGAAAAACGUUUGGACUCUAAAGAAAUAGAUCCAUUCUAGGUUUUCUUUCCUAGAGAUAGGCUCCAGAGAAGCAAAACCUAUGAUCCUAAACAUUUCUUUCCCAUGUGCAUAUUACUUCCUGGGUCAGGGAUAAGAGAAGGCAGGAGGGUCUUGUGUUAGUGGCAGGGGCUUCCCGUUUGGACCCACCCUUGUGACCAUGUCUGGGUUCUCAGUACAGACUGGAGGAGUUCCUCCAAUCAUCCAGCAGAGGGACCCCUGCCUUCAUUUCUACUAAAGCCAUUUUUUGGUUAACCCGUCAGGAUGAGCAAAGUGAAGUGACCGAGGAUGGCAUGUAGCCGAGAAAAGCUGGGAAAUACUAAAUGCUUUAAACUGAGUGAAAUACUGUGAAAUGUUCUCGCUGUUGGGAUUAUGGGGGAUUUAUGUAUCCAACUAGGUCUCCUCCGCUUUAGGAAGCAGAUUUCCUGAUGCAGGAGUCUUUGUCUUUUCAUUCUCACAUAAGAAAAUUUUAGGUAAUACAGUAUUAAAAAUUUUAAGCAUCUUGAAGAUGCAGUUGGCAGAGUUUAUUUCAGGCAAUUUGUAGUAAUUUCUACUGUCAUCAGAAGUUUUUCAAGGUGCCAUUUCAUAAUGAUUUUAUUUACAUUGGAUGUUCUGUGGGGUUGAAUUUUAUUCUAUGCCAUUUUAAUAAAUACACUAGAAUUGCAGUGUAAUGUUUCUGUCUUUAAAUGUUAGUGAGGUGGACGUUUUCAACUUUAUUUGUUAAUAGUAUUUUUUGGUUAAAUAACUUAUGGUAAAUUUAUUUACUGUCCUCUUGGGCAUAAGGGAAAUAAUGUUUGAAAAUUAUUCAGUGAUGUGUGUGCUAUAAUAUACAUAUGUAUAAGCUAUAACUGCUAUUAUGCUAUGUUAUUAGCAUCUUUUUUAUCACCUGAUACUAUUUGCCCAUUUAGUUACAAGGGGUUUUAUUAUUGCCAUUUCUAAUGAAGAAGUUUUGUGCUAUAUUUAUCUAUAUUUUAACAUUUUUCAAAUAAACGACUUUGAAUGUGUUCCCAAUGCUUCUUACCCUCUACCUUCAUAUUUUUUCUGGAUUUUUUCUGUCCUCUGAUUUCAUACCAGUUUUCUUAAGGUUUUCCAUUGGCUAACUAACUUAGUUUACUUUUAUGUAGUUAAAAUUCAUUAUUGUUGUAAAUUAUCUCUCGCUUCAAUUGAAUCCAAUAAAGCCCUUGGAAUUAUUUGUUUUAUAUCAGACAUGAGAUAAAUGAGACAGAGGACUGUAAGCAAGAAGUAAGCCUUUCUACCAUGGAAUGGAGUCACACCUUAGGUAUAGCACAAGAGGCUUAUGAAGCUACUUUGAAAAUUGCACUCACUCUGCAAAGAGCAACUUGCUCAAGCACCACAUGAGUAAGUGAUUCAGAAAAAAUAAUAGUGAGAGUAAUAAAUGACCUAAAAGUAAAA